UCACUCCUCCACCCCCCCUCCCAUCUUCUCAGCUCCGUGGACGUGCUCGCUUCUUCUCCGGACCGGGUCUAUGUCCCGGUUUCCCGCCGUCGCGGGCAGGGCGCCAAGGCGGCAGGAGGAGGGCGAGCGGCCCAGAGAGCUCCAGGAAGAGCGGCCGUCAGCUGUUCGCAUCGCUGACAGAGAAGAGAAAGGAUGUACAUCACAGGAGGGAGGAACGACUCCAACUUUUCCUAUUCAGAAACAAAGAAAAAAGCUCAUUCAAGCCGUGAGGGACAAUUCGUUCCUCAUUGUUACAGGAAAUACAGGAAGUGGUAAAACAACUCAACUCCCUAAAUACCUUUAUGAAGCAGGGUUUUCACAGCAUGGUAUGAUUGGGGUGACUCAGCCACGCAAAGUUGCUGCCAUCUCGGUUGCUCAGAGGGUUGCUGAAGAAAUGAAAUGCACUCUGGGAUCGAAAGUAGGGUACCAAGUUCGUUUUGAUGACUGCAGCUCCAAGGAAACAGCAAUCAAAUACAUGACCGAUGGAUGUUUACUUAAACAUAUUCUGGGAGAUCCAAAUCUUAGCAAGUUCAGUGUCAUUAUUUUGGAUGAAGCCCAUGAAAGAACUUUAACUACAGACAUCUUAUUUGGUUUACUGAAGAAGCUGUUUCAGGAUAAGUCUCCUAACAGGAAAGAGCAUUUAAAGGUGGUGGUGAUGUCAGCAACUAUGGAGCUAGCCAAGCUCUCUGCGUUCUUUGGAAAUUGCCCCAUAUUUGAUAUACCUGGAAGGCUCUAUCCAGUCAGAGAGAAAUUCUGCAAUUUGAUUGGCCCAAGAGACAGAGAAAAUACGGCGUAUAUUCAAGCGAUUGUGAAAGUGACCAUGGAUAUUCAUUUGAAUGAAAUGGCUGGAGACAUCUUAGUUUUUCUGACUGGCCAGUUUGAAAUAGAGAAGAGUUGUGAGCUGCUUUUUCAGAUGGCGGAGUCUGUCGAUUACGACUAUGACGUGCAGGACACCACGCUAGAUGGCCUGUUGAUACUGCCGUGUUACGGCUCUAUGACAACAGAUCAACAGAGGAGAAUAUUUUUGCCACCUCCACCGGGAAUUAGAAAAUGUGUCAUAUCCACCAACAUUUCUGCAACAUCUUUGACAAUAGAUGGGAUCAGAUAUGUGGUGGAUGGAGGCUUUGUGAAGCAAUUAAAUCACAACCCCAGAUUAGGCUUGGACAUCCUGGAGGUGGUUCCUAUUUCAAAAAGUGAAGCACUGCAGCGAAGUGGCAGAGCUGGCAGGACUGCCUCAGGAAAAUGCUUUCGGAUUUAUAGUAAAGAUUUUUGGAACCAGUGUAUGCCUGAUCAUGUGAUCCCAGAGAUUAAGAGAACUAGUUUGACGUCUGUAGUUUUGACAUUAAAGUGCCUUGCCAUACAUGAUGUCAUAAGGUUUCCAUAUUUGGACCCACCUAACGAGAGACUUAUUUUGGAAGCACUUAAACAGCUUUACCAGUGUGAUGCUAUUGACAGGAGUGGUCAUGUGACGAGAUUGGGUUUAUCCAUGGUGGAGUUCCCUCUCCCCCCACAUCUGACGUGUGCAGUGAUCAGGGCUGCUUCUCUUGAUUGUGAAGAUUUGCUGCUUCCAAUAGCAGCAAUGCUGUCUGUGGAAAAUGUCUUCAUCAGACCUGUUGAUCCAGAGUACCAGAAGGAAGCAGAACAGAGACAUCGAGAAUUGGCAGCAAAAGCUGGAGGAUUUAAUGACUUUGCAACUUUAGCCGUCAUUUUUGAACAGUGCAAAUCAAGUGGCGCUCCUGCUUCGUGGUGCCAAAAGCACUGGAUUCACUGGCGGUGCUUAUUUUCUGCAUUUCGUGUGGAAGCUCAACUUCGGGAACUGAUCAGAAAACUUAAACAGCAAAGUGAUUUCCCAAGAGAGACUUUUGAAGGCCCUAAACAUGAAGUACUACGAAGGUGUCUCUGUGCAGGCUACUUCAAAAAUGUCGCACGAAGAUCUGUUGGCAGAACGUUUUGCACAAUGGAUGGGCGUGGAAGUCCAGUUCAUAUUCAUCCUUCCUCAGCACUUCAUGAACAGGAAACCAAACUGGAAUGGAUUAUUUUUCAUGAAGUAUUAGUUACCACCAAAGUCUAUGCAAGAAUUGUGUGUCCAAUCCGUUAUGAAUGGGUGAGAGACUUACUACCCAAGUUGCAUGAACUCAAUGCACAUGAUUUGAGCAGUGUGGCUAGACGUGAAAUGAGAGAAGAUGCAAGAAGAAAAUGGACAAAUAAGGAAAAUGUGAAGCAGCUAAAGGAUGGAAUAUCAAAAGAAGUGCUAAAGAAAAUGCAGAGAAGAAAUGAUGACAAAUCCAUAUCAGAUGCACGGGCUCGUUUCCUUGAGAGAAAGCAGCAAAGAAUCCAGGACCACAGUGACACACUGAAGGAAACAAGCUAAGCAAUGGACUGUCCAAUUCAGGAAGUAGGAAAGCAGCCAGGAAAUGUGCUUCUGUUUUGCCUGUUAUUUCGACAGUACUAUCAAGAGGAAGUGGUCAGCAGCUGUUCUUAGUCUGUGA